AUGGGGAAUGCAUUGAACCAACUAAUCUUCAGACCGCACCCACCUAGCUAUUCAAAGAAUAGGAAGAAUUUACAUUUUAUAAAAACAAAACAUGGCAGUACAAUAUGUGGUAUAUUUUUAAACAACAAUGCUCAUUUAACAAUAUUAUUUAGUCAUGGGAAUGCCGAAGAUAUAGGUGAUAUCGUACCACAGUUUGAAAGUAAAUUAAAACGUUUAGGUUUGAAUAUGUUUGCUUAUGAUUAUAGUGGUUAUGGUCAGAGUACCGGAUAUCCUACAGAAACACAUUUAUAUAACGAUGUCGAAGCAGCAUAUAAUUAUUUAAUUAGUGAGUUAAAUAUAUCUAAAGAGUGUAUAAUAGCUUAUGGUAGAAGUUUGGGUUCUGCUGCAUCUGUUCAUAUAGCUACCAAAAGAGAUUUAUUAGGUUUAGUAUUACAAUGUCCUUUAUCAUCUAUACAUCGUGUAAAAUUAAGAUUAAAAUUUACUUUACCUUAUGAUUUAUUUUGUAACAUUGAUAAAGUUCACUUGAUUAAAUGUCCUAUACUUUUUAUUCAUGGGAAGAAGGAUAAAUUAUUAUCAUAUCAUGGUACUGAGGAAAUGAUAACAAAAACAAAGGUGAAUACCUAUUUUAUGUUUAUUGAUGAGGGUGGUCAUAAUAAUUUAGAUAGUUGUUUUGGUAAUAAAAUGACUGCAGCAUUAGUAACAUUUUUAUUUGUUUUAAAAAAUAAUAUACGUGAAAAUGUGAAUAGUGUGUACGACAUUUCUAAUAUUAACACUCAGAAAUUAAGAAAUAUGUUUAUUUUAAAUAAUACCGAAAAAUUAAAAGAUAAAUUAAAAGAAAAAAUUGGGGAUAAAGAAGAAAAGAAAGAUUUAACUUCCAAGAUAAAAAAAAAUGAGAAAGUUAUUAUUAACAAUAAAAUUCCAAAAAUUAAGAAAGAUGUUAAUUCUUAUUAUUAUAGUAGCAUGGAAGGAAUUGGUUCAUCAACACAAAAUAUAUGUAAAGUUCAAAGUUCUACAGAAUCUUCAUAUAACUCUUUAACAAGUGUGAGUACAAUUUUGGCUUCUAUAGAAUCUAUAAUGAAAGGUAUUCCGGAUAGUAAUACCUUAUGUGAAAAAAAUUCUGUUCAAAGGAAUAAUAAUAUAAAAAAAAAUAAUAGUAGUAAUGAAAUAUAUUCUGAUUGUAACCCAGGGUAUAAUUAUUAUACGAAUAAUAAGUAUGAUAAUUUAUAUUCCCCAAAUAAAGUGACAAGUAUUAAUAAUAACAAAAUGGACCAAAAAAAUAAAAACCAUAAAGGAAAUAAUAAAAGUAGUAAUAAUAAUAAUAAUAAUAAUAAUAAUAAUAAUAAUAGUUGUAGUAGUAGUAGUAAUAAUAGUAUGUCCUUAAAUAUGAAAACGUUAUCAAGUUAUACCUUAAAAAAUAAAAACACACAAGGUAACAGCAACCAUGAUAAUAAUAACAACAAUAAUAAUAAUAAUUGUAAUAAUAGUAAUAGUAAUAGUACUUGUAGUAGUCAUAGUAAAAAUAAUUUAUCAUAUAAUAAUAAGGGGAACGGACUUAUUAAUACAAAUAUUGGAAGCUCGAAUGUUAAACCUAAUAUACGAAUUCUUCAAACCAAAAGAAAUAGUUAUAAAGUUGAUAAAGUACCGAGAAUUAAUUUUGAUAAUAUGAAAAAAAAUAUAAUAUCGGAACAAAUAGAUUCAAAUAUUGUUUAUAAUAAUAGUUAUGAAUUAAUAAAAGAUGGAGUGUAUAUAAAGAAAAAAAUUAAUAAUAAUAAUAAUAAUAAUAAUAUAAAACAAGAAAGUUCAUCUCUGGUAUAUAAUAAUUUAUCAAGCCCACAUAUAAAUCAAGGAAUUAACAACACUCGUUAUGUAUCUUGUGAAAAAGCCAAAUUAUGUUCAAAAGAACAAACUCCUGUUUUUCUAAAUAAGAAACAUGUACGUAAAGAAACGAAUAACAAAUUAUAUAAUGUUCUACAUAAUAAUAUAACAUUUCAUAAUUUCAAUGAUUUUCUUUAUACAGAACGCAAAGAUAAGAUAUCCAUAAAUAAUGAUAAUAUAAUGUCACCAUUAAAAUCAGAAAUACACAAAUGUACAAAAAAUAAUAUACACAGGGGUUUAAUAAAAGUGGAGUCCUUUGGAAGUGCAUCUUCUUCAUCACGCGAAGUGUAUACACAUGAGGAAACUUCCAAAAAAGAAUUUCUCGAUUAA